GCGCUGGUUAGCAUGGCGGCCGCAUGGUUUGUGCGUUGUUGAGAAUCCGAGACGCGGCCCGUGCGUCAUGGUCUUCCUUACAGCGCAGCUGUGGCUGCGGAACCGCCUCACCGACCGCUACUGGCGGAUCCAGGACGUGUUAAAGCACGCCCGGCAUUUCCGAGGGAGGAAGAACCGCUGCUACAGGUUGGCGAUCAGAGCUGUGACUAGAGCCUUUGUGAAAUGCACCAAAGCUCGAAGUCUGAAGAAAAGGACCAUGAGGACACUCUGGAUUAAUCGAAUUACAGCUGCUUCCCAGGAACACGGACUGAAGUAUCCAGCAUUUAUUGGCAACUUAAUUAAGUGCCAGGUGGAGCUCAACAGGAAGGUGCUUGCAGAUCUGGCCAUCUAUGAACCAAAGACUUUUAAAUCUUUGGCUGCUUUGGCCAAAAGGAGGCGACAGGAGGGAUUUGCUGCUGCCUUGGGGGAUGGGAAGGAGCCUGAAGGCAUCUUUUCCAGAGUGGUGCAGUACCACUGAGGACUGCAGCUAUGCAUAUCAGGAGGCUUCCUCUCCUGACAUAUUCAACAAAAAUAAGAGCAAAGAAUUAUUUAAUCAGCAGUUCACAAGUUUGAUUUGAAUUGUGUUUAUAUUUUAGUAAGAGGCAUGAGAAGACUUCUCAGUGGGACAGAUUCACAGAACUGUCUGGAGUAGAUUGUGUCAAUAAAGCUUGCGGAGUAUU